CAUUGAUUAUUAUAAAAAAGAACAAACAAAACCAUUUCAAGCACCAAAUUGGAUAAUUAGUGAAUAUAAAGGAAUAUUGAGAGUGGCUAUACAAAAUGCCUGUGGUAAAUGGUUAUCAGUUGCACUUCCUCAACAACUGGUUUUAAAUCCUCAAAAAAAUACACAAAUAUCUUUGCAAAUCUCAGAUUGUGAAAAUACUAAUGCAGCUUAUUAG